UUAUCAUAACAGAAUGGCAAUGUGUGAAGAAGAAGUGAAGAUCAGAGCUGAAUUGGAGAAGGAAAUUGAGAAGGAUUUGGAAGAAGAAAUGAAGGAAAAUAUAUCUCGGCUUACUCGCAAGCUUGCACAGCUCCAUGCCCACCAGGAAUCCCAAACAGAAGUAUUUCAUACGACUGGUAAAUCGGCAAAUACCCUUUUGAACAGAGACCGAACAGAGUGCCCUGCUGUUAAGCAUUUGAAGAGACCGGCUAAAAUCGCAGACAGAAAAGAUUCGGAAAAGAAAUUCAAGAGAUUAAAUUUGGACAAAGAUUUUGAUUGGGUGAGGUCUCUCAGAUCAGGAUCGCCAAGCCGCCAUGAAUUCAAGGCCAAUUACACCAUUGCAGCACCGGAAAGAGCCCGAAAAUGUCGAUCUGUCAUGGCAACCAGAGGACGAGAAAUGUCUGGUUCAUGCAAUCAGCCUCCUUUUAGAGGCCGCCAUGAAAGUAAGAGCUGGGUUUUCAACGAAGAUGUGAAGGCAAUUCCUGUGCCUUUCAAAGGAAAGGGGAAAUUGAAUGCAAAGGCCAUUCCAUAGGAAGAUUGAACUGGAUGGAGCGUAAAGAAGAAAUAUGUUCAACUCAUUUUGAAACACCAUCUCAAUGUCUA